GGCCGCCCCUUGAUCAUUUGAGCUCGAUCUUUUAUUGUGCCACAAUAUCCCUCAUCCUUCAAAAUAAACCCCGGAAAGCAACACUCGACUCUCGUAUUUCGUUUCGCGGUUGCUAGAAACUAUGCAACUGAAAAACCUGACGAUAGAAGUACCGUUGAGCGCAACACAGCAUGGCAACAAUCGUGUCUUUUGUGUACGAGGGCCUCCAUGGAGAGAUGCGCUGUCUGUAAUCACUUUCUUUGCCACGAGCUAUAUUGCCCACGCGGCAACAGUCAAAUCAACACCCGGCGAGGGAACAAUCAGUAUGGCGUUCAACACUUUCAUGGCACUAUGUUUCCCGAUGUUUGGUCUUUUGCGCGCACUAAAUGCGAUUGCUCGCGGGGCACGAUUCGGAGGUUCUGAACUUAGGAAUGCUUGUAGAGCAGGUGCUCUUUGCAUGGUUGUCAGAAACCCAGAGUGGAGGCCCAAGCCUGGAGAUACUCUCGCGGUGGUCCUUGAGGAAAGAAGCCAGUCUGAUGAAGAGAAUAACGCCACUGCAGACAUUGUCGAUGCAAAGAUGGUCAACUACUUCCCUACAUAUGCGCGAGAGGAUUCAUCAGCUUGGGCGUACUUUGAUACCAUUGGCUCCCGAGCUUAUGUGGACCCAGAUUUAAUCAGAAUACAUGGCACAUACUUGUUAUCGAAAGGGUACGCAUUCGCUAUAGUACCACGCAAUGCUUGCUUGCUGGAGAUAGAUCGUAUUGAUUCCACGCCAUUGGUGCCACAUAUGGAUAACGUUUCGCCUGCUUCUGCGGAUAUAAGCCAACCCCUCGGAGCCGAGGCCAUUUUGAACGGCCAUUCGAGUUCUGCACGAAACCUAGACGAUAAUAGAGCAAGUCUUCAAUCUAUAUCGACGGCUGGUACCACCCUAACGAGUGAAAGUGUCAACAACAUGAACAACUCCGGGCUUCGUCCCAUGGAUACGUUAAUACCUACACAAGGGAAUGGCGGUACACCUGACGCAAAUAGCGACAUCAGUUCGAGUUACAGCAUAGCGAAAGCAAUCGCAUCGCUGAUCCAAAUUCUAGGUGCACUGAGCAUAAUCUUUUUACGCAAACCCGAUACUAUAGAGCGGUGGGGAUAUGCAUCAUUCCAACUGACCGUGGUUCCAUACUUAGUCAUGACCGUGGUCAACUUCGUCAGUAAUGCACUUACAGCAGACUACGCUUGUCUAUAUAUGGUUGAGUCGGAGGUCAUGAGAGAAGCACGAAACAGGGGUAGCAGGUUCGAGGGGACCGUGGCAGCCUUAGAAGAAUACAUGGGUCCUCUAUCACCAGACGUCUCGGCAAAAGAUAUCGCAGUUUGGACAGGUCUUACACAGAAGCAUAUUCGGUGGCUCGCGAGCAUCUUGUCUGGUGAAUGGCUAAGCAACAAGCUUUUCGGCCUAGACUGGGCAAUUUUCGAGGCACCUAAGCGCAAAGUUCCCAAAAUCUCACAUAUUCAGCUUACAUGUGAGGAACAAGUAGAGAUCAAUCAUUCUCAAUCAGAAAGCGCUACCGAGGGUGACCAGCAAGAUCACCAACCUGCCACCGAUACGUUGCGAGAGAGCUCCAAUAUCGAAUCGGAGCAAGAUGUUUCAGUACCUGUCGGAAAUGACAACUCGAGUAUGCUUGCAGCUAACGAGAGAAUCGAAUCGGACGUUCCUGGUAUCCAUCAAGAUCACCCACAACUCGCUGCAGAUAUUUCCCGCCACAACAAUCCAGUCGACUCUCCUACAGAACCUAAAGUAAUUUUGACAAGCUUGAGCGGCCAAAGAUAUCGUAUACAAGGAUUCCGCUCGACACCAUGGUUUGAUCCAAAACUAUUACUUGGUCGAAGUAACGCCAGAGAAAUUUUAUCGCAUAUUGCUGAUAUUGCUGAGGAUACCUCACAUGCAUCAAGCACAUCCGAUCGACUCAAAAAAAUCAUGGUCGAGUUUCUCAACGGUUUUUACUCCGGACUCUUUCAAUCGCUCGAUCCAGUUCGACUGAGGCUCAUUGCAUCCGUUGAGCAAGUCAAGAAGGAUCGUACCGGCACCGAGAGUUGGACAACACUCAUUGCAAUGCUAUACAGGGGUCUGUCCGGCAACGGAUUAAAUGCAAGCCCGGAGAACAGUACUGAACAUGAAAAUCGAAAAUUCGCAAUAUACAUUCCAAACUGUUCUCCUUUUGUCCGCGAAGAUAAGAGCAAGGGCAAACAACCGAGGGGAAGGGGCCAUGCCGGGGCCAUGAUGAUUCUUGAGUUUCUUCUUGGAUGCUUCAUCCUUAGCCUUCUUAUUGUCGUCCUCGGAUGGCUCUCGCAUUGGUUCUCUCGCGGUGGAAGUAGUCGUACUGAACGAGCCAUCAUCUUGCUAUGGGUGGCUGAAGGCGCUUUCGGUCUGCUCCUUCCACUUCUGAGUCUAAAGGAAUUGCUUCUGGUAUUCCUCUUACUGCCAGUAUAUGCAGCGUCACUACAACAGCAGACCUCUCUAAGUUUCAUACUAGUCCCUCAGUAUCUACACCUGUUAGCUUUCAUACCAAUCGGUAUCUUCGUGGCACCGAUCUGGGGUUUCGUCAUUGUGGGAAGACAACUUGUUGAAUGGGGAAGUUGUGUGUCUUUGUACUGAAAGGACAUUAUCUUUGUUACGGAUCAAGAUCUUUUAUUUAAUUUUGUUCUAUUUAGAGUCUCUAGUUGUGCAAUGUAAUUCGGUUCAAUAACGCCGUUUCUAUGCAAUACCUUUUUUAGUGCCACCGAAAACUCCGAAACCCAUUGAGGAAUGUCAAUACAUAACCUGUACCCCUUGGAAACCAAUCACUAUUGACGCAAACCCCCACUCCCAUCACACUCCUUCUCCUUAGUUACCUUCUCCUCAACUACCUUCUCCUUCUCUAGCUUUUCCAAAGUC